AUGAUUGUGAAUGGUCAUUGGGCUGCAUUUUUACAUGUCAAGACAACUGGAGAGCGGAGCGGGUCCACCGCUGGCGGGGUUUAUCACAGCAAAAAUGAAGCUGGGCAAGAAUGCGAUUGGAUGCUGGGCUGGUCCAGCCCAUAUGACACAGACAAUUGGAAGAACAUGGUUUGUACUGAGAUCAAGGAAGCCAAACACUUUAAAGAUGGUAGCCAUUGGGGUUCAGUUACAGACAAGAUGUACAAGUGUGGUUUGUCUGGAUCAGGCAAUUGGAAUGGAUGCUUAUCCUAUGUGUCAACUGAGAGCAACACAUCUCCCAUAUUUGAGGCCACAAUGACGCUAGAAAAAGCCUCUCUUUCCUCCGCUUGCAUUUCGUCGAACAGCUGGUGGGCAAGGAUGUCAGGAUCGAUGGUAAAAGUCAACGUCAUUUCGUAG